GACAUUGGGUUCACGGGGACUCAACGGGUAGCGAUGGCUCAAGCACUCAGGGGCACCACAGUAGGGCAGUGCAUAACCCAGGCAGUCUGUGCGCACAACAGGGACAGUUCAGGACACGGGUGGUCAGUGCACACAGUGGGGCAGUUCGGAACACGGGUGGUCGGUGCACACAGCGGGGACAGUUCAGGACAUGAGUGGUCAGUGCACACAGCAGGCACAGUUCAGGACACGAGUGGUCAGUGCACACAGCAGACACAGUUCAGGACACAGGUGGUCAGUGCGCACAACAACAGAGACAGUUCAGGACACUCACGGUAAGCAGCUUGCAGACCCUCAGCGGCAGGUGGCUCCAGACAGGGACGACUAGCGGUCGGCAUUCCAGGGACAACCAGCAAUCAGCAGACCGCAGCAGCUCCCAGGGCACUCGGCAGCAGACAGCCUCCAGGGACACGCAGCCACGGAUAGUGUGCAUGGUCCCUCAGCAGUAGCUCCCAGGGCCACUCAGCAGCAGACAGGGUGCAAGGGUGCUCAGUAGACAGGCUUACAGGGUCUCAGCUGUGGGGUCUGACCUUUGAGGAGAAGGCUCAUGCAGAGCUGUGGAGACUCCCAACCCUGGGGUAUUGCAGAGGGCUACAGUCCUGACCUUUUGGGGGCCUGCACAGUGCGCAGGGGG